AUGGAUCUAGCUCGCCUUAAACAAGCAUUACAACAACUGCCAAUUGACACCCUUCUCAGUGAAAUUCCUGAAGUACAAAACUCUAUUGCCCAUUUAUUAAAGUCCAAUGAGGCCAUGCGCGAAUUUGAUCCCAAGGGAGAAGAUCGAGAUUUGACAGAAGCCAUUGAGGAGAAUCAAGCGCUCAUGGAACGCCAUGAAAACCGGAUCGAUUUGACCCUACGUGUAAUCAAAGAACGACUUGGAGAAGCAGCAGCAUAUGAAGUUGGAAGCAACGUGGAUGCGUUUCGAAAAGAGCACCCAACCAAACCAGUAGUGCCAGAAAAUCAAAAGCAGCAACAAGAACAAGAACAAGAAGAAGGCGUGUUUCUGUAA